CAUCUCUCAGGAACACUCCCUCCAAAAGUGGAAAGAGCCCAUUCUACAAUGAUGAAUGCCGACAUGGAUGCUGUUGAGGCUGAAAAUCAGGUGGAAUUAGAAGAGAAAACACGGCUUAUUAACCAAGUUUUGGAACUGCAGCACACACUUGAAGAUCUCUCAGCACGAGUAGAUGCUGUUAAGGAAGAAAACUUGAAACUGAAAUCAGAAAACCAAGUUCUUGGACAGUAUAUAGAAAAUCUGAUGUCAGCGUCUAGUGUUUUCCAAACAACUGACACUAAAAGCAAAAGGAAGUAAGGGUUGACUCAGAGAUGAUGUCAUUGUAUUGCUGCUGUCUUUUUUUGUUUUAAUUGGCAUAGGCUACAUGAGCUAAAGUACCUUAGUUUGUGGCUUUGCUGGAUACCUGAAGAUUAUAAACUUUGGUGACAAACAGAAUUAGGAACAUUAUCAUGAACAGGAGACAUAAGUUUGUGUAUUGUUAAGAUUAAGCAAUGUGCAAAUGUAGUGUAGAGACUUACUAACCUUUCAUCUUUGUUUUAAAAACGAGCAUAUCUUGUUAAAAAUUGGAUUCAGUUUGUCAGGUUAAACAAAAGUCUGUUGGCACUCUUUGAGGUCUUGGGGUAGUUUCUUGACUAGCAAAAUAAUACAGUUAUAUUGUGUUGAAACCUCAUUUGAAAAAAAUAUUCAAAGUCUAAUUGCAUCACCUUU